AUCGGCAGUGUCACCGGUGUAGUUUCACUUUCACUUGCGCAGAUGACGUAGUCCGGUUCAGCGAGGUCCUCCUCCUGUUUUCUUUGAAGGCUGCAAAUAGCUCAAACUAGAGAUUUGGGCGAGUAACUGCAGACAACAACCGACCGCACGGCUGCCGUAUGUGGGCGAGAGCGGAGCGGUGGCAUGUGCACGUCAGGCAUUUACCUGCUGUUGAUAGAGGCGCAUCAAACCGCCAGUGAGCGUGUGUGACAGUCGGGAGUUAAUGGUGGAAAGUCCACCGGUGCAGAGUACAAUACUUUGAGUUACUGGUGGUCAUGCUGCAGUACCUCCACUCCCAGGGGUGGAAAAAGAGCUCAACCUGUAUUUAAGUAAGAGUAGUGAUACCUCGAUUUAAAUACUCUAUUACAAGUAUGAAGCGAAUACUCCAAAUCUUAAGCAAAAGUAUAUACUGUAAAUGUAUACGUUUCAGCAAGGUGUAUUUGUUAUUCAGAAUUCCGCGUUUCAGAGUACUUUAUUAUAUACAGCUGUUCCACAAAGUAUCCACAUCCAUUCACUUCUUGCACACUUUGUGUUGUAGAGUUCAUUUUAAAGGGGUAAACUUGCCCUUUUUGCUCAUCAAUCUACACUCAAUAUAUAUGCAUAAUGGCAAAGUGAAAACAUGUUUUCAUGUUUCACGGUUUUCAUUCUUUUUGAAAUAUGGAAAUGAAAUCCAGUAACUGUUGAGGCUCGUUUAGACAAAUAAGGACAUGCAUCCACACCUAAAGAAACUUAAAUUUAUUAAAAAUCAAAAACUGCAAUUUCUCAUUCACAAAAGUGAACAAAUAAACUUGCCUUACUAUUUACAUAACUAUCGGAGAAAGCAUGAUUUGCAGAUUUUUAACACGAGGGCAGACUGAGUGAGUCUUGUUCCAAAAACAAGAAAAUAUACAGAGUUACAAAACUUUUGACUCAGUUUAAAAGUGCAUGCAAAGGAACACACCAUGGGCCAGUUUCACAGAGGCAAACCUUGACUAUGGCUUAGAUCUAACUAACCUCGGACUUCAGUUAGACGUCUAAAUUCAUCAGCUGCACAAAGGGGAUGCAGGAGCGUUGAAGGGAGGCUCGGAGGGAGAGCUGUGAGGCAGAUUGUUGCAAGCAAUGAUAAUAGUGUCCCAGAAGCAGAACACAGACUCAAGUUGUCAAAAAGUUCAAGAGCUUCAUUACUGAAUUCAAAGUGGGUGGUGAUGAUGAAGAGGAUUGAAGAUGGAGGCAGGCUAAAGCUGAGGCUGUGGAUCACUGGGUAGGGUGAACACUUGACUAGUGUGUGUGGAGCGUGGCUGGCCGAGAGGGGUUGUGGACCUGGAGCGCCGAAGAAACAAUAUGAGUUCGAAACGCCAAAAACAACACGAGGAAUCAAAGGCUGAGCAAAAGCCACUAGGUGGCCACAGCGUGAACGCCGCGCUGGGUGAUGAGGGAGAGGAGGACCAGGGUUUAUGGAGUGGCAGCAGGAGAAUUGGCCGGAGGACAAAACUGGAUUGCCAUACCCAGGACGACACACACGCACACACACACGCACAUACACAAACACACGCACACAAGGACCAAUAGAAAACAAACGAGACACAAUGGGAGGGGUAAAUGGCAAAAACGCUAAGAAUGAGGGAAGGUCACAGCCUAACCACGACACAUAUACUGUGCGAGGUGAAAUUGAAUCAUAAGUCAGUUAGAUCUUAAGACACAAGUAUGAAAUACAGGCUAAUAUAAUUCAGUGUUACUGCGGAUAUUAUUAUCUCAGAUGUUCAUCGUGAAUAAACAUCCAUAAAUCCGCUUAGAAAUUAUUAAAAAAGAUGCUUCAGAACUUGCCUAAGAAUCAUCAGGUUUUUGAGUUUCUUCAGUACCAGAGUAAUCCAGUGAUAGUUGAACCAGUACAGGACAUUUGAUGAGCUGUUGCUCUCCAUAUUGCUUUGAUUUAUAUAUAUAUAUGAAAAGCAUUUCACUCACGAAGCACAGGAUGACUUUUAUUAUGAAGUAGUCGCAGGAAAUGCAAUGCAAUGUGUUUGUCAGUGAGCUUAGCGCUUAACGCUAACGUUCAUCAAAAAUCAGUUUGAAAUAUUGCAGGAAGCAAUGGAACAAGAAGGAGCAGCCUCAGAGAGCUGUUAGAUGAAGAGCUGCAGGCGACAGGCUGCACAGGCCCAACUUCUCAGCCAGAAAGGCGUCCAGUUCCAGUUGACCUGUAACCUGUGCCGUGAGAGCCACAAAACUCAGGUGUGGCUUUGUUUCUUAGUUCUGAGCUUCUUGAGUAUUUCUACGUGUGCUGCUCAUAGAGAUGAUACAGCAGAUUUACAGACUUGCUUGAGUAAGAUAAAACACACCAUUGAGAAAUCUGACGCUAUGCUGUAUGCUCCGUCCAUUAAUGACAUUGAAGAGAAGUGUAAAAGUAUGUCGCUCAAAUGUUACAUGUUGGAGUUGAUAAUGGUUCUCGAUGAAGAAGAUGUUAUGAAUAAGAAGGCAAGCUGCAUCCUUGAUUUCAAUGACAACCUACAGCCCAACUCUGUUGCCUGUCCGCCAUGUGAAGCAUACUCACUUAAAAAUAUUACAAUAUUCCUGGACAGACUAAAUAACCUUUUGGAAAAAAUAACUGCACAGGAGAAUAUUUAAUAUGAUGUAAAUACUGUAAGCUAUAAAUGUGUAUUUGUAUAUAUUUGUAAAGAAUUGUGGCUGCUUUUAUUUGUAAAUACCACAUUGUGACCGUGUCAACUUGUAACAACCCAUGCCAUCCUAGCGUCCGUAUGAAAUGUUACGUAUUAUUUUUAAAGACCAGACUAAAUUUGAAAUGCAAAACCCAUUUCAGUGUAUAGGAUGACAGUACUACUGUUUGCUUUUAACUGUACAGAUGAAGUCUUUGUCACUGUGAGUCACAGUUUGUGUUUCAGUUUUACAAUUUUGAGAAAUGUACUAGGAAGUAUCAUACAAUGGCAGCACGCACUGUAUUGUACAGAAUGUAUAAUAUUAUUAAGCUCACUGCUAAACACUACUGAAUGUAAUACCAAAUAUACAGUAUAUGCCCAAUGACUCCAGUAUCACAAAUAUUUCCACUAUCUGCUCACUCCACUAAAUAAUCUUACCUAGUCUUUAUUUCUUUAAUUUUAAAUUUAUUUUACCAUAACACUAUCAAGUUGUUGCUCUGCUGCGUUUUUAAAAAAAAAAAUUUUUUUUAUAUAAACAUAACUUUUUAUGAACAUGCCAGACUUAUGUUUCCAUACAUGUCAGAGGGUGUUUGGACAGCCCUGUGUUAAAAAUAUGCAGGCAGUUGCGUUGGAAAUAGGACAUAUGAUCCAGGAAGUCCAGUUCGGGUCAUCAGUUUAUGAAACAAUAAAAACUGAAAUACAGCUUUCGUGUUAAGGAGUCAUCUACCUUGCUUUUAAAAGUUUGGCCAUUUUUCACUUUUGCACAUUCAUAAAAAAAACACGAGGGGGCUACUUUUUGACACAUGGCUAAAGUUAUUCUAAAUGCUGCCUUAGCUUCUUUCAGAGAGUUGUUGAUUCAACUGUAUGAUCAUUUUGGAUGAUGCAGUCUGUUGAACUGUAUUGCUUUGGACGGAGAGGUUUUUCUGUUAUUUAGCCUACCUUUGUUGAUGAUGAAGAUGAUGAAAAGUCAGCUACCCGUACCAGUGUCUGAUAGAGACGUUCGGCAAAGAAGAGGUCAAGAGACAAUGCCAGAAAUCUUGAUCCUAAAGAAAGACUGAAGGGUCCAAGAUGCAAGUAAAACAGACAAUACAUGUGUAAAAAACAGAAAAAAAAAAACAAAAAAACUGUGGAGAACUUCUCAGAGUUACCUUUUAAGACUACAGGAAGUAAGUGAUACUCAAAACAUGGAUUUUUGGAGAAUUCAUGUUUGGGGUUUAAAGGUUUUAAUUCGUUAUACAAAAUGUAAAAGUUUAUGUUUUCAGUUAAUUCAGACCAUGGAGUAAUUUUUUUUAUUAGUCGUUUGCUUUACUCAAUUACAUCUUGCAAGACCAAUAUGACCCUAAACAUAAUGGAUGUUUUGUUUUUUAACACUCAAUAUGGAUUAAAUUAUGACUCAUUCACUGUAGUAGUGUACUUACCUGUUCAAUUAAAUGCACAUCUGUGAAACUGA